GUAUAGGCUAUAAAUUAAGUCUUUUUCAAUAGAAUUCGCGAGUGACAACUUAUGUUGAUUAUAUUGCAGGUUUGGCACGUGAGCAAUCAGCGUCAGCUACGGUUCCUAAAGCACCACAAGACGAAGGUGCAGUGGUGCCGGUUCUCCCCGGUGCCGGAGUGGCUGACGCGCGGUGCCCCCCACUCGCCCAGCCCCGCCCCGCACUGACACUGACGACGACGGCCCGCCCCUCGUGCUCGUCACCAUGGCAGCGGAGAUCGUCUGGUGGAACAUUACAUACAUCAUGAAGACCAGGAUUAAUAAAAACUUUUGGAGGAAACGCUGGAAUGCAGUAACGCCUAUCGCAAGUCCAGUAGACACAGUGAUGGACAACUUGCAUAUUGAAAGUGCACACAAUAACUUCUUCUUUGGCUCCGGAUUGAUGAAUGCACAGGAGUGCUGGAAAUGCUUUUGGAAAGGGAAAACUUGCAAAGAAGGUUCAAAGAAGAAAGAAAUUUUGGCUUGCAUAAAAUUAUCCGGUGUGAAUGCGAAGAAACUUUGUUGUGACGAGAAGUUUUCUUGUUUUGUAACAGUUGAUCUUCCCGGACACAUUCAUAUCAUGAAUUUAAUGCACGCAAACACGUAGCAUCUCAUCCAAGGAGGUUUCAUAUUUUUAUGGAUGUUUUUUCUAUUUCAAUUAUUUUUAAUUUUAAAUAAUAGCUUGAUCAUGAUUACGACGGACAUUAUGUCCAGGAAUUGUGUGCACGCGAUUAGCAUGAAAAAUGCAAAAUUCAGUACAUAUAUUAGUUUUAUGUAAUUUAAUUAAUGAAAUUAGACAUUUUUUG